AUGACAAAGAAUCUAAGAUACAUUGGCAGUUAUGAUGUGAAUGCCGAGGGCAAGUUCUUGUGGGAGAUCCUCUGCCAGCUGCGGCACCUCGGCCGGGGGCGCAUUGUUACCAAGAACGAGUGGACGAGGAAAUGGCCCGAUCAGCCGUCCUAUUUGAAAAUUGUAAAGGCCCAGCCAGCAAUGGAUCGAUGGUUGCUUCGUGGAAAACUGUGGGCGAACUGGACCUACAGAGGCAUCGAUUUGGGAAUGUAUGAAUUUAGCACCGAUUUAGCGCGUUCAGGUCACUUUUUUUUGCAAAAAUAUCCUGUAACAAAUUUGAUAUAA